AAUUGGGUGACAGAUUGAUACAGAAACAAUUCUUAGACGAUUCAAAAGUUUGAAAUUCAGUACCAUAAUUAUUAUUAAAACUGCUAUAAUUAAAAAAAUACACAAUGCUAAAGUCUUCCGUAGUGUUUUUUAGUGUAUGUGUGGUUUUGGUAUCUGGUCAAAAUUGGGUAAGCACCAGCUACGUACUGGACCAUGAGCAAUUCUUCACGGAUGUACUCCAAGAGACAAUGUACGAAUUGGAGCGCCGGGAGUGGUGUAACUUAAAAACUGACAACAUUUACCAAACCAUAAGCGAUUCCUUAUAUAACUUCUUCGUCAAUGGCACCGUGAUGUACCACAACGGCUUCCUCGUUUCCAUCCAGAAGAUUGACCUAACCAACAUCCAAGGCUCGCUCUCAUCAACGACUGACAGUGAAACCAAUAUAACGACUAACUUUGCCAAUGUCCGUGGUAAUUUAAAUCUUCGUGAUGUAAAGAUCGGGUUUGAUGUGGUCGUGACCUUACAUAAUGAUGGAGUGGAAUCUGUGCAGACGUAUACUGGGAUUUAUAAUCAUGCUUUGGUGCAAUAUCAGCUUUCGAUUCAAAAGAACUUGAACACUGAAGCUAUUUCGACGGGGUCUUCUCUGAUGUCUCUGCAAGCAGGGUCUGGCGUCCGGAUGAUAUACAUGCCUUCAAAUAAUGUUACAGAGGCUCUUUCCAGAAGAUGGGUGCCUAGCAACAACUGGAACGGCGUCGGGCGCUGGGGUUCAGGCCACAUGGCGCCGAUCGUCGAAGAAAUUGUCACAACUCGCAUUCCUUUCCCCGGCAUUUGUAUUGGAUGUUACGCGUAGUCUAUUUAAUUUAUACUCGCCUACCUACCUAUAUUCUAAGUAUGUAUAGUGUACCUACCUAAGUAGGUACUUAAUAAAAAAUAAAUAAUACAUAUAU